CCGUGACUUUAACUACUAUAUCAAAAACAUAUGUGUAUCCUCCAGCUGUCAGACAGAUUUUGAAAACAGCCACAAAACAUUUUGGCUUUGCAUGCAUUAUAAUUUGCUGUUUGAGGUUGAUUGCUUAUUUUGCCUAUUUCUAGUGCACUAUUGUUUUAUUGUUCGACACAUCCUGCUCCCUCUUCUGCCUCCCCUUGAGUAUCAUCAAAGUUUCAUCCAACCAAAAAAAACUGCCCUCGGUUGGAUAGCUUAUUUUGAACACAUAUCAGGUUAGUGAGUAGAGUCAGGUACUUUCCACUGUCUGUCAUUUAAGAUCAAGGGUAGAUGCUGAGAAAAGAGGAAGUGCUUUUAAAGGUGAAAGACAACACAAAGACGGUGUAAAUGCAGGAAGCAAUGUGUGUGCUAUUCGACUACUUGUAUGUGUCUUAAUCUUUCAAUUCUGUCCAUUCAACUAAAGCUGCAUUAAGCAAUACCUUCUAUAGCGAGACUGAAUCGAAUGACUUUCUGUAACGUGCAGUCUGCAGCGUGCAGACUCAUCAAAGUAAUACUUUUAGUUCACAGGCCUAAGUGAAACCUGACAAAUGCAUGAACUCUCACUACAGGAAGUGAACAAUUGACUCACACAAAAGUUGUACACUUCCUGUUCAGCGUAAAAUGGCGGAAAGGUGAAGUGGCUGAAGAAACGUCGCGCAUUUAGAAAAUCCAAUGACAUCGAGAUAUUUCUCUCAGGAGCUGAAUUGAAUUUACAUUCAACAUGUGGCCAAAAAGAUGACUGCGAGUCCAGAUUCCUCUGUUUCUGCUGAAUGUGAGAUGGCGACCUCUGACCCCUGUGCAAACGCACCCCCCACCCCACCUGAGGACUCUGCGCCCUCCCCCUCGCCUCGCAAGAAGCGCGGGCGUCGGAAACUAGAGCAAACCGAGAAGAAUAAGGUUCCUCCUCCUGCAGACGAGCCAGACGACAGAAACUGCGACUCCCCCGGAGAGGUUGAGGCUGGCAGGCUGCGGAGGAGGCCGGUCCCCAGAGUGACUUUCCAGGCUGGAGAUCCGUACUACAUCAGCAGGAGACAGAAAGAAGAAUUGCUGAGCCGCUGGAAGAUGGAGGCGGAGCGUCGGGCGUACAUAGAGGCAGAGAUGAACAUAAUGGACGCCCAAUCAGAAGCCAUCUUUCAGAAAGAGGAGGGGCCAUCAAGCCCGGCCCCGCCCCCUUCACAACAACACACCGCCCCCGCCUCGCCAACAGUUGCCGUGACGCCAGAGCCCGGCAACAGGGUGGAGCGGGCCACGCCUCGAGAGAUGGAGUACCAGGAUGGCCGGGGUUUUGGAAUCGGUGUCUUGGUGUUCGGGAAGCUGCGGGGUUUCUCCUGGUGGCCCGGCAGGAUCGUGUCCUGGUGGAUGAGCGGCCGGAGCAGAGCUGCAGACGGCACUCGCUGGGUCAUGUGGUUCGGAGACGGAAAGUUCUCUGUGGUGUGUGUGGAGAAGCUCAUGCUUCUGAGCUCCUUCUCAUCUGCCUUCCACCAACCCUCCUACAACAAACAGUCCAUGUACCGGAAAGCCAUUUUCGAGGCUCUGCAGGUGGGCAGUGUGCGUGCGGGGCGGCCCGUUCCCUCCUGUGAUACGAGCGAAGAUGCGGAGGGGUUGGAGACUCAGACCCGACAGAUGAUAGAGUGGGCCAUGACCGGCUUCCUGCCCAACGGCCCGUCAUCACUGGAGCCUCCAGAGGAGGAACAGAAUCCAUGUAAGGAAGUCCCCGUCUUCCCAGAGAUGUGGACGGAGCCGGAGGCCGCGUACACGCCUCCGCCCACCAAGAAACCACGCAAAAACGCAGCGGAAAAACUAAAGAUCAGAGAGGUGAUCGACGAAGGGACCAGAGAGAGACUCAUAUGUGAGGUCAAACAGAAAACCAGGAACAUAGACGAUAUGUGCAUCUCCUGUGGAAGCCUCAACGUCAGCAUCGAGCAUCCUCUGUUCGGAGGAGCCAUGUGUCAGGGCUGCAAAAACUCGUUCCUGGAGUGCGCGUACCAGUACGACGACGACGGCUACCAGUCCUACUGCACCAUCUGCUGCGCAGGAAGAGAGGUGCUCAUGUGUGGAAACAACAACUGCUGCAGGUGUUUCUGCGUGGAGUGUGUGGAUCUGUUGGUGGGGACGGGCUCUGCAGCGGUCGCCAUUAAAGAAGAUCCCUGGAACUGCUAUAUGUGCGGAUCGAAAGGCGCCUACGGGUUGCUACGGCGACGGGACGACUGGCCUUCCAGACUGCAGAUCUUCUUCGCCAACAACCACGAACAGGACUUUGAGCCAGCCAAGUUGUAUCCUCCAGUUUCGGCAGAGAAGAGGAAACCAAUCAGAGUUCUCUCUCUGUUUGACGGCAUUGCCACAGGUCUGCUGGUGCUGAGGGAUCUGGGGAUGCAGGUGGACAAAUAUGUUGCGUCCGAGGUGUGUGAGGACUCCAUUACUGUGGGCAUGGUCCGACACCAUGGCCGCAUCAUGUACGUGGGAGACGUCCGCAACGUAACACGCAGACAUAUCGAGGAGUGGGGACCAUUUGACCUGGUGAUCGGAGGAAGCCCCUGCAACGACCUCUCGAUAGUCAACCCUGCAAGGAAAGGCCUUUUUGAGGGGACAGGUCGGUUGUUUUUUGAGUUUUACCGCCUGCUGCACGAGGCUCGACCAAAAACAGGCGACGUCCGUCCUUUCUACUGGCUGUUUGAGAAUGUAGUCGCCAUGGGAGUCAGCGACAAACGGGACAUCUCCCGCUUCUUAGAGUGUAACCCGGUGAUGAUAGAUGCCAAGGAGGUCUCUGCCGCCCACCGCGCUCGCUACUUCUGGGGAAACCUGCCCGGCAUGUCCAGACCUCUGUCAGCCAUGUCGAAUGACAGGUUGGACCUACAGGAGUGCCUCGAGCACGGACGUACAGCCAAGUUUGAGAAGUUGCGUACGAUAACGACACGCUCCAACUCUGUGAAGCAGGGGAAAGACGAGCAUUUCCCCGUCUUCAUGGAAAGCAAGGAGGACAUCCUGUGGUGCACCGAGAUGGAAAGGGUGUUUGGUUUCCCCGUCCACUACACCGACGUGUCCAACAUGAGUCGUCUGGCGCGUCAGAGGCUGCUGGGACGGUCCUGGAGCGUCCCCGUCAUCCGGCACCUCUUCGCCCCGCUCAAAGAGUACUUCGCCUGCAACUAGACACGCACCAACUCUCUCUCUCUCUCUCACACACACACACACACACACCACACACACACACACACACACACACACACACACACACACACACACACACACACACACAUAUAUAACAUACAGCACACAGCAUACAGCUAGUACAUGAGGGUUGGCUGACGCAGGAUGACACAGAUGACCGGAUAUACUCACAUACAGGCCUGUCACAAUAACUACAUAAUAUAAUGUCCCAGAAAUAAUGGCUAUAAACCAUAUUAAUGUCAUUUUAGGACUAUUUCAAGCCACAGAUAUACUGAUAAUAUAAAUGAAUAAUAACAUGCAACUACGCCGUUCCAAAGAGGUAACCAUUUUUUAUUAUAAACAAUAUUUCAAGGAAUAAGUUGACUUCUAAUAUAUCCUUAAUAAAAUAUAAGAUUAAUUAAUUCACACCACAAAACCCUGCUGUUAUUCUGGCAUCAUGUAAACUGAAAUGUUGUUGACAUUAUUUAUUUAUGCAAUUAAUAAACAUGUAUAGAAACACAGCCUAUAUAGCCGUAAUCAAAACAUCUUUGGAGGUCAUGUUCAUAAAUCAUACGAUAGUCAAUAAUGUUAUUAUUGUGACAGGCCUACUACACACACACAUACAUACAUACAUACAUACAUACAUACAUACAUACAUACACACACACACACACACACACACACACACACACACACAAAACUGGUGCAGGGUUUAAUGUCCUGUCUUCUUAACACACACUCUUCCCUUCCGACCUUCAAACUGGUGUCUUCUUCUGGCUUUACUGUGUGAGGUCAAACCUCCGGGGAGUUGAACGCUGACAAAGACGCCUGACUUUCUGUUUCUGACUUCUCUCUGAAUACAUCUACACACCAGAGAAUCAAACUGUAACUGUUUCCAUGCGUAGUGAUAGUGCUGCUGACAAAUAUACGAAAACACACACUUCAGUUAACAAUCAUGGUGCUGGUCAGGCAGUGUUAGAGUUCAAAUGGUGCCGCUUUCAUACACUUUUAAAUACAAGAUGUUGGUGCUCGAGGUGACCGAAUGCUCUCUGGUUGUUUCAGUCGCUGCAGUUUUUCUUCCCUAACUUAGAUGAACUAUCUAUUGCAAGCAGGUGGGAGCAACACUAAGCAAGAGUGCUGACAUUUUAAGAUAUAUGUAUGUGGCAAAAAAGAGUCCGAAAGAAAAAUGCAAUUAUGGACAGUAGGAUUUGUAAGAAGCCUUUUUUUUACGUAACUUCUACUAAAUUAGAAUUUAAUUAGUUUUCUUUUCUUUUUGGAAAGCUGCACUGGAACAGAUCAAGUAAAUACUUGACUACUAACCCUAACUGUCUGCCUCUUUAGUGUUUGCAGUGCCUUCCAGUGGGCAGAAAAAACGUUUCAUGAAUCUGAUUAAAAAAAAUACCUUUGUUAGCUGUCAAACAAAUAAAAAAAUAGAGGAAGAAUAAAGUCAGAUUUUAGACCUUAUACUAAAUUUGGUUUUGCAAUACUUUAGGCAGUGAUUGUAAAUAAGAUUAGAAAAUGCUUUGGGUAAUAUACGAUCAUAUUCUUUACACUAGUCGUAUUUUAAGAAUUUGUUUAUUCCCACUUGUACUACAACAUGUGGGUGUUUUCUGACCCGAACAUCUUAAAUGAAUGAAUCCAGAUGAGAUUGUUUCUGCCUCCAGAGGCCAAUUGCCUCUGAGAAAUAUUAGACAAAAGAAAAUACUUUUUAAAUAGCUCAGUCUUGUGCUCACAGAAGCAUUUCAAUGAAAAGGAAGUAAAUCAAACCUGAACCCUUAUGGUUACUAAUCAGCUUCUCUUGCAGUUACGCUCCUACUUUGCUUCAUAGGGAUCCAAACCGCCCUCCUGUUAUCGCAGCGACGUUCACUAAAACCAGAGGCAGACCUUCACUCUGUAGACACUAUGCUGGAUUUCUACUUCCUACGACUGAAACAGACAGCCCUGUGUCAUGAAAUAACAGAUACUUCCUCACAUCACACAGAUUUGAAUGCCCCACCUCUUUUGGGGGGUUUCUUCUUCCUUUUCCCAAAUGUUGGGAUACAAUCUGGGACUUGGUACAAGAGAACACAAGUAAAGAUAACUUCAUAUUUCAAGAGACUCUUGUACACAUGCAGGCUAUCCCUAUAAUGUUCAGGAACAUUUCCUACAUGGGGUCAUGUGUGAAUUAAUGUUAAAAUACCCCUCUCCUCACCUACCAUGUUCCUGAAAAUAAUGAAAGACGUCUUCCACCGUGUGCAUGUACAUCCAGACACUUUUAUUCCAGCAUGUGUGAAUGGGCGCAAAAUGGAAUUGUUCCUGAAUAUAAUAAUAAUAAUAAUAAUUCCUUACAUUUAUUAUAGCGCUUUUCCAGAUGCUCAAAGCGCUUUACAAAUACACAUUACACAUAUUUUGAAUAUAUAUAGUGAAUAUUGAAAGAGUGUCCCAGUAAUUUAACGUUAAACGACUCCCAAAAUACCAAUAUUUUAUUUACACAGGGCUGUCUUUUAGAGAAACCAUCUCUUCAGUCUGGUGCUUCUAGUCCUCAGGCGACAACUUCCUCAGAUACCAGCUGACAACUGGACACAUGCAGUCAAUGCUAAAACAAACACACACACACACACACACACAUUUACAAUAACUAACAAUAAACCAGCAGGUUCAACCUUUUUUCCAUCAUGUUUACUCUGCGUUUAUACAACCAACCUUCAGGUGCUUUUUAAAACUCUGUAAACUCUUUUUUAACAUCGUUCUUGCAGGGUACACACAUACACAAACACACACACACACACACACACGUGCUGGAAACACAGUGCCGUCUUAAAGCUUUCUCCUUCCACUACAAAACAUCAAAACACACACACAUGCAUACACACUGUGUUUUUGCCUGCCGCCUGUUGCCAUCAGGCUUGGUGCUCCAGACUCCCCCCCCCCCCCCCCCCCAGGUGCUGCAUGUCAGUCAGUCAGUGUAAUCUCUGAAUCCAUGUUAGAUUAGGGAGUAAUAAUAAUCAUGGUAAUAAUAAUUACAAUAAUAAUCUGUUAUCGUGUGUGUGUACUGUUCCAGCUUGGUGCUCAGUUCAGUCUCAGCCUAGAGGGGAAGGAGAGGCUCGAGAAAGCAUAUAUUACAGUUAGUAUAGUGACUUGUUCUAUUGUACCCAAGGAUGCCGAAAGACGUUGUCGAAGCAAACUCUCAAACAACAGCGGGUUGAAAUGACACAGAAUGGAGUUGUGUGGAUGACAAAAUAUAGAAAAAUACACAGAAAUCCCAACAUCUGGGAAAAUUGAAGUAAAUACAAAGUUUGCCAACAGGAUAGAAACAUAACGUUUUUAUUUGGAAAACAUAAAUAUCAUUGUAAUAAGUUGAGUUUCCUGAAAUAAUAAUAUAAACAUAUACACAUUUUGACAAGCAGACUUCAGCUCAUUUUGUGUGAUUUCAACACAUCUGUUUGAGAGUGCAGAUGGAUUAAAGCAAGAGGAAUGGAAGCGAUAUUUUCAAGCGAUGGGUGACUCUGUGAUGGUGUUUCUGUUUGCCAGCUUUUGGGCUGAGUGAUGCGCCGUUUUCAACACUGAUACACUUACAAACAUAAAACUCACAAAACACUGUUAUUAACAAACACAAACGCAGAGAUACACGCACAACAUGGACACACAUACAAGGCUGUGGCGCAUGCAGACACUCAUCUCAUGGACUUAAGGAAAGAUGAGCUUUUAGGAAAAAGGAGGACAUGGUGGUGUUUCAAAGGUGCUAAAAUUUUAUCUGAAAAUAAGAAAAAUAUAUUGUUAGGAGUAUAAAUCAAGUUUGUCUUUACAAUAACUGUAUUUAAGUUUGUCGUAGUAAUGAAAAGGCACUAUUAUUAUUUUACUCUUGUAUGAAUAUGAACUAAUUAAAAAGGCAUUUUAACUUUGUACUUGAACAAUGUAAGAAAUGAACCGUGAAUAAAAAAAGGACUGUUUCUUGUGA